AUGGGUUAUAGAUUGAACAUCCUCACAAUAAAGGGCGCUUUUGGAAUUCCUCUAGGAUUUUUCUCGUCUGAGAAAACUGUUUUAGGUUUCGCGGUAGCCAUUGAACUCGCCGAGACUGAGGUGACGUCUGUGUCGAUGUCUCGCCUCAUUAUCAAAAAUUUACCGGUGUAUGUGACGCCAGCGAGACUCCGGGAGCACUUUGAGCAGAAGGGAGGCCCAGGCGGGACCCUCACCGAUGUGAAAGUCUCUUCAAAGUCAGAUGGCACGUCAAGACGUUUUGGAUUCGUUGGAUUCAAGUCGGAGGCAGAAGCACAGAAGGCGCAGAAAUGGUUUGACAGGACGUUUAUUGAUUCGACAAGAAUUAAUGUUAGCUUUUCUGAGGGUGCAGCAGACGCUCCUAGACCCCGGAAACGACAGCGCCUGGACCCCUCAACAUCAUACUCCGAUUCCACUACUCCAUCGUCAGUCACAAAAGACCAGAAGUCACCUAUGAAGAGCGACAAGAACCGUGAGGAAUUCAUGAAACUCAUGGAGAAGAAGAAAGGGCCUGCAUGGGCGAAUGAGGCCGCUACUCCUGUUCCGAUUAUGCCAGCUGAGCCUACGCCUUCAGUUGUACCUGCCCCCGAAGAUGCCGAGGCUCAAGGUACCAUGUCAGACAUAGAGUGGAUGCGCCAGAGAAUGUCUGCUGCUGUCGUUGACGAAGUUGUUGAGGAGAGAGUCUUUGAACAAGACGAAGAGGAUGGGGGAAAGCCUGUCAAUGCAAUUGAAUCUCAAAAGCAGGGCACUCAACCUGCGACCGCCGAUGCUUCUAAACCCGUUGACCCAACUAAAGAAACUAUUCUCCAGACAGCGCGACUUUUUGUCCGUAACUUGGCUUUUUCAUGUACUGACGAAGAGCUUAGAGAGCUAUUCGAACCCUUUGGACAAAUAUCUCAGAUACACACUCCUCGCGACCCAACUACGAAGCAGCAUAAAGGACUCGCUUAUGUCACUUUCGCUAAACCCACUGAUGCCCUAGCCGCCUACGAGGCUCUUGACAAGAGAUCGUUCCAGGGGCGUCUGCUCCACAUCCUUGCGGCUGUUGAUAGGAAGGGAAAGCCAGAGGUACAAGAGGGUGAAGGUCAUAAAAAGAGUUUAAAGGAAGAGAAAAACCAGAAGAGGAAGGCGAUGGCGGGACAGGAGUUUAACUGGAGCAUGUUGUACAUGAAUAGUGAUGCUGUUGCUUCUUCAAUCGCCGCACGAAUGAAUAUCGAUAAAUCGGAGAUCUUGAAUCCAGAAAGUGGGGAUAAUGCCGCUGUGAAGCUGGCUCUCGCCGAAACACAUAUCAUCCAGGAAACAAAGUCGUACCUCGAGUCUCAAGGUGUAUUGCUAUCUGCAUUCAGUUCUAAAGCACGUUCAGAUACGACGAUCCUGGUCAAGAACAUUCCUUACGGGACGUCUGAAGAGCAGAUUAGAGAGAUGUUUGAGCCUCAUGGCGAACUUGCCCGCGUGCUGAUUCCUCCUGCUGGGACGAUGGCCGUGGUGGACUUUGAGAAACCGGAUGAGGCGGCGAAAGCAUUCAGGGCGGUUGCGUAUAGACGGCUCGGGAACUCGGUGGUGUAUCUCGAGAAAGGCCCGCUAGGGAUGUUCAUAGAGGGAUUCGUGCCACCUACCAAAGGCACAGCAUCGGCACCUACGACAACAGCUGCACACGCCGUGCGCAUUCCAGAACAAGUGGGAGCAGCAGACGAUACGGACGAUGUGGAAGAACCGUCGAUCGCAGGCGGGUCAACGUUGUACGUCAAGAACUUGGCAUUCUCCACGACGCAGGAACGGCUCGUAAAGGUGUUUUCACAUCUGCCUUCGUUCUCCUUUGCGCGGGUGCAGACAAAGCCGGAUCCCAAACGGCCGGAUGGGCGUCUCAGCAUGGGAUAUGGGUUCUUGGGCUUCAAGGAUCCCGAGAGCGCCAAGAAGGCUCUUAAGAGUGUACAAGGGUUUGUGCUAGAUGGUCAUGCGCUGCAUGUCUCCUUCGCUGGUAGAGGUGCGGAAGAGGCUGAGGCUGAAAAGAAAGGCAAGGUCGAUGCAGGGAAGAGCAGGACGACGAAGAUGAUUGUGAAGAAUGUGCCAUUCGAGGCGACGAAGAAGGACAUGCGGGAUCUGUUUGGUGCUCAUGGUCAUCUCAAAUCUGUGCGCCUUCCGAAGAAAUUCGACUCGCGCUCACGCGGCUUUGCAUUCCUCGAGUUUGUGUCACGGCAUGAAGCUGAGAAUGCGUACAAUACGCUUCGUCAUACCCAUUUCCUCGGACGACAUUUGGUUCUGGAGUGGGCCGAGGAGGCAGAGCAGGACAUCGAGGUGCUCAGGAAGAAAGCUGGUGUUGGCUAUGGCGGUGGAAAGGCCAUGCCUGGACAAAAGCGCAAACUGGAUAUGGGUAGGAACGACGAGGAGGAUGUCGAAGCGUUGGAGUAG